AUGAGCUACCAUGAAGCACACCAAAGGGCUGAAAAAUCUGUUUGCUCUGUUUGCCAUAACAGAAGACCACAGUUUGAAAGGAACAGAAAAAAAGAGUUCUCAUAUGCUGAGUUGUGUGCAGCCACACGAGGGUUUUCCCCUAAGAACUAUCUAUCAGAAGGGGGGUUUGGUUGUGUCUAUAAAGGGGAGUUGCGUGGACAGAAGGUUGCUGUCAAGAAACACACGUAUGCUAACCAAAAGGGAGAGAAGGAAUUCAAGUCUGAAGUUGAUGUCCUCAGCAAAGCAAUGCAUGAGAAUGUGGUCAUGCUGUUAGGAUCAUGCUCAGAACGGAACAAUAGACUUCUUGUGUAUGAAUAUGUCUGCAAUGCUUCAUUGGACCAACAUUUAUCUCAACAUUCUCGUAAACCUCUUGAUUGGACAGACAGGGUGAAAGUAGCUGAUGGAGCUGCCAAAGGACUGCUAUACCUGCAUGAGAAUAACAUAAUACACAGAGAUUUGACAGCAAACAACAUUCUUCUUACACAUGAUUAUGACGCAUUGCUAGGCGAUUUUGGUUUGGCUAGAACUGUGAUUGAAGACUCCUCAUACUCCACAGAAUGUUUUGGGAGUCGGGGUUAUAUGGCACCAGAAUAUGCAGAAUUUGGUAAAGUGUCAAUUAAAACAGAUGUGUAUUCCUUUGGGGUGGUUCUACUACAGCUAAUAACAGGAAUGAGACCUAUGGAUAAAAGACUCGGAGAAAGAAGUCUUAUGGGAUGGGCAAGGCCACUUUUAAAAGAUAGGAAAUAUGCAGAUUUAGUUGAUGAAAGAAUCACAAAAUCUCAUGAUGCCCAUCAACUAUUUUGGAUGAUUCGAUUAGCAGAGAAAUGUCUAAGCAGAGAGCCCAAAAAGAGACUAAAUAUGAUUCAGGUUGUUGAUGCUUUGACUCACAUAGUGGAAGGCAGAACACAUGCCAGCAUCUUAAGAGAUUGCUUCCCUGCAAGGUCAGGUUCGAUUUAUAGUGCAUCAGACUCUGAUGAAUCUGAAGAAGAAAUGAAGGAAUCCUUCAAGUUUGAAGAUGAAUUACUAAUUCAGUUUAGUUCCUUUAAAUGAAUAAAGUUUCCACUUGUUAAAGUGGUUGUUUUGUGAUAGAAUAUGGUUAUCCAGUACAGAUGAAUUUUAUCUUUUGGGAUGAAAAGUUGCUAUGAUGGAUUUAGUUUCAUCCUCUCUUGCAGCCUAAAAUGUUUAAUCCAAUUAAUGAACUGCAUGGUGUCAAACGUUAAGGUUUUUUUCCCCAAAACAAUCAUCAAGUCUUCAGUCUGUGAUAGCUAAUAUUUCCAGUCUCGAAGAUUUUCAAGUCAAACAUGAAAGGUAGAUUGAACUUGAAUUGCUAGGUGUGUCUAUAAAACCUAAUUAAUCUGUAAAGAAUUUUGUGUAACUCAAUAUAUCAACAAAAAUAAAUAAAUCAUGACCAACAUGCAUAAAACACCAAAUUAUGUGCCAGUACUUGAAAAUGAUUAAUCUUAAUGAGAGAAGAUUUAUUCAAUCGAUUUAUUUGAAACAAUACAUCGGCUGCUAUAUAAAGAUAGUUCUUCUAAUCCUAAAGUAUUGAUUACACAGAGAUUUUUAGAAUAUUUCAACUUCUAAUAGCUUCUAACAGGACACUUAAUAUCCUACUAAUAAACUCCUCCUCAAAUUGAUGAGUGAAUAUCUAUCAUCCCUAACUUGUAUGUGAGAUCAUAAGAUCGUUCGGUGGGAGGACUUUUUGUAAACAAAUAUGCUAAUUGAAACUCAUAUGAGACAAAAGAAGUAGCAAUAAGACAUCAAUUCAAUAUUUCUUUAAUAAAGUGAUCUAUUUCUGUGUUUUGUUCAAUCAUACUAAACUGGACCGUUAACGAUGCUAAUAGCUGAUUUAUUAUCAUAAUAAAGAAUCAUAUACUCUUACAAUAUUUCUCGGCCAUAACAAUUCACACAUCUCAUGCGUCAUAGCUUGAAAUUCAACCUUCACAAUAGACCUUGCAAUAAUAUUUUGUUUUUUACUUCUCCAGACCAACAAUUUUCACCAAGAACAAGCAAUAUCUCGAGGUAGUUUUCCUACAUGACAUACCCUACAUAAUUUGCAUCUAUAUAUACCUCCAAUUUUUAUUUUUCAUCCCUCUUGAAUGAUAAUCCCUUUCCUGGUAUCCAAAUAUUUAUAUCUUUCCCUUAACUCAUGCAUACAACUACAGUGAAAGCAUAAGCUAUGUGAGGUUUGGUGUGGGCUACCUAAAUGAGCUUCUGGGAGUUCUUCUUCACCAGCAAUUCUGUUCCCGUUUUGCGAAUUUUCUGCUGAUUUUCUAUACUCUGUUUUUUCGUUUCUGAAGUUGUUUGGUAAUAUGAACAAAUUGGUAAUAUUGGUAAUGUGUCUCUCUGUAUUGUGAGGAGAAUGCGCAAAGAGGGUGAUUGUGAAUGAUUGGGAGGAGGACAGUUCUCAGGGUGAACGAAGGUUGAAGAUGGAGAACGAGUGAUUUUUUAGAGGAAUCGUAGAACGAAGAUGGAACAAAACAAUGGAGACUUAAAACCCUUAUCGUUAAAUUUUGC